UCUCUUAUCGACCAUAAUGUCGAACACAUGCUAUCUCGACAUCAACAUUGGCGACGCUCAGCGAUACAACGACGACAACGCCCAGUACCAAGCUACUUCUGCUCUGCUCUCCAAGCACGCCUCUACCUUUGACUUUCCGCCGACACCAGAGGAACUAUCGGAAGAACAACAAGAUAUCCUUCGAGACCUACAUUGCCCCUCCUCGCAGGCCGGACUGAGGUUCGAGCUGGAUCCAUCACCAGGCCUAGCCAAAACACGGCAGAACUUCAUUUCGCUGUGCACUGGGGACAAAGGCUUCUGCAAGAAUGCGCCCAACAAGAAGCUUCACUAUGCUGGAUGCCCAAUUCAUCGCGUCGUGCAAGGAUUCGUCGCCCAGGGAGGAGAUGUAACCCGAGGCGACGGCAGCGGCGGAGAGUCGAUCUAUGGCCCCAAAUUUGCCUGCGAAAAAGCCGGUCUUCAAACAACUCCAUCGCGCGGUAGUCUUGCAAUGGCGAACUCGGGAGGCAAAAACCCUGUCAACUCUUCUCAGUUCUUCAUCGUCCUAUCUACAGAUGAGAAGGCCUUGGCUAAGCUUAAAGGGAAGUACGUCAUAUUUGGGCGAGUAAAAGACGGAGAUGAAGAUGGCAUCAGGGUAUUAGAGAGGUUGGACGCGACCGUUGAAUCUGUAUGGAUUGGCGAUUGUGGUCUAGAGUGAUGUUUGAUUGCGGGAACUUGUUCACACGUCACUUUCUUUUCGUACUCCAUGUUUACUAGCUCAGUAGGGAGUUUUGAUAUUCUAUGACGGCAGGAUAUGUUCGAGU